AUGGCCCUAGGCCUCAAGGAGGCACCACCUGGCGUCGCAGCAGUGAUUGAGUUUAUUGGUUUGAACGUAACAACUGAGCAUACGGACACCAGUAUCAACCAGCUGGCAACCCGGGUCAAAGACAUUGGCUUUAGUCUAAACAAUUCGAUUGAACUUGCGUCUACCCAGAGCUACUGGUUAUUUGUCAAAACAGAUCCUUUGCUUAGCAACACCGCCGGUGCUGUUAGCUUGACGACCAGCCGGCUAAUGGGUCGGAGAGAGCCAUUGGAGAUUGCUCAGAACAAGUUAAAUGCAUGCCUGCAGCAGGCCUUGCCUUCUGAAGAUCCGGAAGCUAGAACAAUGUUGUUGUUCAGGAUACAGAGAGGUCUUGGAUCUGCUAGUGCUCCAGAGUACAAAUAG